AUGCCUGGCUUUGCGGGUCUCUGUGCCUUUGACGACAGAACCGCAAAAACCGUAAGUUUCCUGGCAGUGCAUAAAACUCGGGUCAGGUGUAUUUUGCUCCUAUUGAGGUAUCUUGCGGCCUCCAGGCCGAUAAAUCACGAGAUAGGCACCCAGGGUUGUCCCAGGCGGAAUCGUAAAAAGGGAGGCCUGGACAUUGCUGUGGUUGCCCGGUGGCAGCUCCGCCUCAAAUUAGCGAUUAGUAGUGGGGGCAGAGAAAUAGGCACCAACACGUACGGAGUGCAGGUUGAGUCAGAGGCCGUUUCUGUUGCUGAGACCCUUCAGCUGUGUCAAGAAAGGCCGGCGAUAAAGUUGCUUGGAGCCUUCGCUGCCCUUGGGAUCGUUUCCCUGCCCACCACGCUAAGCCCAAGGCUCCAACGGCAGGAAGAUGGGGCUUGUCCAAUGGGAGCCUCGCUUGGCCUGAAGUGCUUGGUUGCCUGGAGGAAGGGACUUGACUAG